CUUCACUACCUGCACGUGCCGACUUGUUUUCCUACGUCACUUCCUGCGCGCCAGAUCCUGAACCAAGAAGUUGUAAACUAGCGUUAAAAGUUUCUGCUGACGAUAUUCUUGCAGACUUCGCUGUUUUUAGAUUGCAUUUUGGGGUCAUCCGCUUCAGACGGCUCAAAGUUCAAGUAUCUGUAAUGCUACUGUGGUUGUUCCGAUAAUAUUAUGUUGCUAAGUUUGACUGUUAGCAUCCAGAUUAGGGUCGCUAGCUGCUACCAUUAGCAACAGAAGCAGCAGUGCAGAUAACGUUAAACAAAACGAAGUUAGUAGCUCUAAAAGGCAACAUGGAUCUACACAGAUCACCUUUUUGCAGACGUAGGGUGUCUUAGAUUGUAGCCGAUGUCUGCUAGAUAGCUCUAGCUGUCAACAUGUCUAAUCAGCUGACUGCAGAGCAACAGCGAAUGAUUGAGGAGAACAGGCGGAAGGCUUUAGAAAGACGAGCCCAAAGACUUGGACAGGCUAACAGCACCAAUGUUAAGCCCUCAGUAGGCUCCAAAAGUACUUCAGUGCAAACACAGCUCCCCAAACAGAGUCCGGAUCCUGUUGCCUCAGUUCAGCACAGAGAAACCUCAGUCUCGGGACCAAAAUGCUUCCCCCCUCCCUUAAAAAGGGAACCACAGAGCCAAAGUCAGCAGCAGCUGCCUGGCACUAGCAGCCACUUCAACCAAAGCACUGUGUGUAAUUCUGCAUCUUCAAACCAGACUCUUACUAACUCAACUCCUCUGGAAAGUCAACAUUUGAGGAGCUCCGUCUUGUCUCCUGAAGGAAGCAUCCCCGUGGGGCCAGCUCAGGGCAAACAUCAACUCUCAUCCAGCAGCUCCGGAGGUGCAGUUGGCUCAUUUUACAAGCAGCCCAGUAAACCUGCUCAGAGUCAAGUGGCACAGCUUUCCUCUAACCCCACCUCUACAAAUGUCGUACCUGCAAAAAAGCCUGCCAUCUCUGUAAGGGGAAGAUGUGUACCUCACACAGAAGACCGUUUCAGGGUAGAAGUGAGCUACCAUGCAGGGCUUAUUGCUGUUUUCAAGUCCAUCCCCUCAAAAAACUAUGAUCCUGCCACCAAGAUGUGGAACUUUAGUCUAGAAGACUACCGACAGCUAAUGGAGGAAGCAGCUGCCAUUCCUUCGGUGUCUUUGAGACCUUUGGAGGGAAUGGAAGCGGUGGACGUGACGGAGGCCACCAGCCGAGCUCGGGACGGCACGGCCCUGGCAGCGCUGCUCAAGUUAUGUAAUGGCUGGCAGAAGCCCGGAGCCACUUUGCAGGGCCAGUGCAUUCUGGUGUCCCAGACAAAGUUUGAGGUGGACAUUGGCUACCAUGUUGAUGUCAUUGCAGCAUUCAAGCAAAUGCCAACAAAGAACUACGUACUUUCUAGUAGUGUUUUUUCAGUCUGUCUCUCUCACACGAACCUUUAUCUGUGCCUGCAGGCCUUCAGACGCUGGCUUCCCUCCUUGACUCCUGACAGCAUCAACGUAGUGGUGAAGGCCAAAGACAGUCUGCGGUCUGGUUUGAUCAACAUCAUCAGCUAUGACCUGCUGAGCAGGAUGGACAAGCAGCAGCCAGGAAAUCCCUUCAAUGUUCUCAUCAUGGAUGAGUCUCACUUUCUGAAAAACAUGAAGACUGCUCGUUGUAAAGCAGCAUUGCCUCUGCUGAAGGUAGCGAAGAGAGUGAUUCUCCUGUCGGGGACCCCCGCCAUGUCCAGACCGGCUGAGCUGUACACUCAGAUUUUGGCCGUCAGACCGACACUCUUUCCACGCUUCCAUGAGUUUGGGAUCCGCUAUUGUGAUGCCAGACAGAUAACUUGGGGCUGGGACUACACGGGCUCUUCUAAUCUUGGAGAGCUGAAGCUGUUGUUGGAGGAGUGUCUGAUGCUGCGCCGUCUCAAGUCUGAGGUCCUUUCCCAGCUUCCUGCUAAACAGCGCAAGGUGGUCACGGUGACCAUCGAUGGGAUCAACACCCGCACGAAAGCUGCUCUGUCAGCUGCAGCCAAGCAGCUGGCCAAAGGACAUCGCAAUAAAAUGGAAGAGAAGGAAGCCCUCCUCGUCUUUUAUAACCACACAGCCGAAGCCAAGCUACAAGCCAUUAUGGAGUACAUCAUAGACAUGCUGGAGUGUGGGAGGGAGAAGUUUCUGGUGUUUGCCCAUCAUAAAUUAGUCCUGGAUCAUAUCACGACCGAGCUGGGGAAAAAAAAUGUCGGUUUUAUCCGCAUUGAUGGGAGCACUCCAUCAGCGGAGCGACAGCAACUGUGCGAAAGGUUUCAGUACUCAGCCAAGACCUGUGUGGCGGUACUGUCCAUCACUGCAGCUAAUAUGGGCCUAACCCUGCACUCUGCAGACCUGGUGAUCUUCGCUGAGCUUUUCUGGAACCCCGGGGUUCUCAUUCAGGCAGAGGAUAGAGUUCAUCGUAUUGGACAAACCAGCAGUGUGAACAUUCACUACCUGGUUGCCAAGGGAACUGCUGAUGAUCACCUAUGGCCCAUGAUCCAGGAAAAGAUGAAUGUCCUGGAGCAAGUGGGUCUUUCCGAGGCAAACCUCUCGGAAACUGCAGAAAACACCAGCUUCCACUCCAAGGAUCCUGCCCAGAGGAGCAUCAUGGAGAUGUUCCAGAGAUCAUUCUCUGCAGAUGACGACAUGGAUGAGGCCAUCUUGUUGGAGGCCGCAAAUGACUGGGAGGACACUCCGCCCGAAACCACGUCUGCUCAGCACCACGGCACCAGUACGGACAAGCAGUGGAGCUACAAAGACCGAUGAUUGACCAAUUUUAUUGCCAUCAUAUUUUGGGUUUGCCCAUGGAGCAAAGCCUAGUCCUACAUCUCAGCUACAUCAUGCCUGCACUGAGUUGAAAGUUAUUUUAAUGGGUGAAAACUACAAUAAAUCUUUUUGUUUUGCUAA